AUGGAAGACACAGAACCUGCAAUCACCAAUGGAUACGAAAGUAAUGAAGAAGAAGAGCCAAUAACAGCACAAAAAGUAUUGGAGAUUCUGGAGAAAGCCUGGCUCAAUGAGAAACUCUCGCCAGACAUCCUCCCGCAUCAGACUGAAAUGCUGGACCUUAUGCUGAGUCAGCUGGCAUACAUGGAGGAGAGUACUAAGCAAUUGGACAAGAAUGACUUUCGCUCAGUGGCCCAUAGGAUGGAAUUGGAGAGGAUUCGCUAUCUCAUUGCCAGUUACUUGCGGUGUCGGCUGAAUAAAAUUGAAGGAUUCACACAGGCCAUCAUCAGAGACGAAGAAUCUCGGAGGGUUACGGACAAGAGGCUAUCUGACGAGGAAGCAGCCUUUGCAAAUGAAUACCUCAGUCACAUGGAAACCCAUUUUCAGCAACUUGUUCUUCGACAUCUUCCCCGGAGCUUUCCAGAUGACCCUAGAAAGAGGAUUGUGCAGCCUAAUCUCGACAGUCACGUCUUCAUCCGUGCCAAUGAGAAUGUUGAUAGCGUAGUGCUCAGAGAUGAUGAGGAGGAAGUGGACUUGGAACAGGGCUCACAACACAUUGUACCCUACAAAUUGAUUGAGGAUCUCGUACUAAAGGGAAAGGUGGACUUGAUCUGAAAAAUUGUACAGAGUUUUAUUGUAAUCCCCAAAAUUUACAUAUAAAGAUUUGAAUCUGUA